GUGUUGACAGUAGUAGCAGCAGGAACUGUCAGGGCGAGGUAGCUAACAUCACGAGCCGAAUGGAGUAAUUAUCUCGUUAUAUUUCAAGAAAACAAACCCACCACAUUCCUUAUAACACUGUAAACAGUGUAAACCUCCAACGAAGCCAUGGCAGAGGACUCGAGUGCUCAAACUUGGUCCAUCAACAAGGACGACUAUGUACUCAACGAGGUGAUUGGGAGUGGUGCCACGGCCGUGGUGCAGGCGGCCUACUGUGAGCCCAGGAAGGAGAGGGUGGCCAUUAAACGCAUUAACCUGGAGAAGUGUCAGACCAGCAUGGACGAGCUCCUGAAAGAGAUCCAGGCCAUGUCCCAGUGCCACCACCCCAACAUUGUGUCCUACUACACGUCUUUCGUAGUGAAGGACGAGCUGUGGCUGGUGAUGCGACUCCUCAGUGGUGGCUCAGUACUGGACAUCAUUAAACACAUCAUAUCUCGUGGGGAACAUAAGUCUGGGGUGCUGGAUGAGUCGUCCAUAGCCACCAUCCUCAAAGAGGUUCUAGAAGGACUGGAGUACCUGCAUAAGAACGGGCAGAUCCACAGGGAUCUAAAGGCUGGAAAUAUUCUUCUCGGUGACGAUGGCUCAGUGCAAAUCGCAGACUUUGGUGUGAGUGCCUUCUUAGCAGCUGGAGGAGACAUGACCAGGACUAAGGUCAGGAAGACGUUUGUUGGGACACCAUGUUGGAUGGCCCCAGAGGUCAUGGAGCAGGUCAGAGGUUAUGACUACAAAGCAGAUAUCUGGAGUUUUGGGAUCACAGCCAUUGAGCUGGCUACAGGAGCUGCACCAUAUCACAAAUAUCCACCCAUGAAGGUCCUGAUGCUGACCCUGCAGAAUGACCCUCCCUGCUUGGAGACGGGCAUCCAGGACAAGGAGAUGGUGAAGAAGUACGGCAAGUCCUUCAGGAAGAUGAUUUCACUCUGUCUACAGAAGGAGCCUGAGAAAAGACCAACUGCUGCUGAGCUGCUGAAACACAAAUUCUUCACGAAAGCAAAGAAUAAUGAAUACUUGGAAGAGAAGCUGCUUCAGAAGGGUCCAUCGAUAGGAGACCGAUCCAAACGGGUGCGUCGCGUGCCUGGCUCCAGUGGUCGUCUCCAUAAGACCGAGGACGGGGAGUGGGAGUGGAGUGAUGAUGAGUUGGACAUGGAGAGUGAAGAGGGCCAGGCUGCGGUGGCAGCUCUACGGUCUCCCAGAGUGAAAGAUGGCUCCAUCGAGAUUUUCCCUCCAGAGGAGGGUUCGCCCAGUCUGCUCCAUCCAGGAGGGGCAGGGCAGGACAAGGACAAGCCAGGCGAGGCCACCCUGAUCCAGGGGGACGUUCCAGCCCAGGACCCCGCUGCCUCCUCCACCACCAAAGUCCCCAUCAGCCUGGUGUUGAGGUUGAGAAACUUGAAGAAAGAACUGAAUGACAUCCGUUUUGAGUUUAUGCCUGGAAGAGACUCAGCUGAUGGAGUGUCUCAGGAGUUAGUUUCAGCAGGACUGGUCGAUGGGAAAGACUUAGUGGUCGUUGCUGCCAAUUUGCAGAAGAUUGUUGAUGAUCCUCUCAACAAUAAAAAUGUCACUUUCAAACUGGCAUCUGGCAUAGAUGAGUCGGAGAUCCCUGAUGAUGUCAAGCUGAUGGGUUUCGCUCAGCUCAGCAUCAGUUAACUCAACGGUCUUUCGUCAAAGAACAACAAAACAGUAUUGCUGAGCAGCAUAGUUCUAAUUUCCAAGAUGCCACUACUGCCAAGGAGAAGAGCUGCAUUUGUCAACCUGUAGGGUUCUUUUCUUUACUGAACUCUGCUGUGUUAGUUAAAAUGGAUGGGCUAUGAGAACGGGACCAGCGCAACAGUAAAACAACAACAACAGUUAGAACAGGAAAUCACAUUUUGAAAGAGUUUAUAGCAGGACCGAUCCACAACGUGUAUCUGGGAGGGAGGACGACAUCGCAAUCAACGAUGUCACCAUCGACUUAUAAAAAAAAUAAACAAACAACAAACCAUUUUCUUAGUUAGUGUUGUACAAUCCAAAAGCAUUAUAUAAUACAAUGUAACUGCUGCCAGUUCUGGAAGUGGUAACAACAACAUAAAUGCCUUUUUAUCGACCGUGCCACUGAACCAACGGAGUGUUGUGUGUGUGUGUAGAGGCCUCCACUUUUAGACAUCAUACUGUAUGUUUACUGCCUCUCAAAUGGACACCUAUUACCUACAUAGUGCACAAAUUUUGGGCCUCGGUCAAAAGUAGUGCACUAUGUAGGGGGGGGGGGGAAUUUGGGACGUGGACAGGGUAUAUUAGGCAGUGUGGGGGGGGGUCUUUAGUAAGGAUCUAUUACAGUGUGGAUCUAUGUAGUAGAGGGAUUGAAUGGCUUGAGUUCACUUGAUAAUAUGAUUGAUAUUAAACUGUAGGGGCCCUUAGUCACACACAGUUUAAACCCCCUUAUUACACCCUAACUAGCCAGUUCUAUCAUGAACCAGAAAGAACUGGCAUUUUUCUUAGUGUAUAUCAUAACAUAAGUUGACGUAAGCGUUCUUAGCUGUCUCAUACGCUUUCUUGAGUAUCUGUUGACAUAAGAGGUUAUAAGUUCUCAUAGGUGUAUCGUAAGUUGACAUUAGCUGUCAUAAGUUAUCUAACUGUUGACAUCAGCUGUUAUAACCUCUCAUUGCUGUAUCAUUAGUUCAGGUUACCCCAGACAGACGGGACAGACAGACCUCGUUGCUCUAACGUGGAAGGGGGUCUGUUCAGGAGGUAGAAAUGAUACAGGACAUAGUGAAACAUUCAGAUGUAAAAAUGUAUAGUGUAGAACAGAUAGGAUUGCCUGUUGUAUAAAUUUGGGAGUCCGUGUCUGCUCUAUUCAUUACAUUUCUAUGUGCAAACCUGGACUGUGAAUCCAGUGUUUUUAAUAAGUGAAGAAGGUAAAACAAUACCUUACUGAGACCUUGAUAAUUUUGGUCUUGGGAGUGACUAUGCAACUUUGUCUCAGUAAUGUCCAGUACCAGCGGUUCACUAGCCACUGGACCUCUGUUAUCUCGCUAGUUAGGUGUCAUCACUAUGGCCACUGGACCUCUGUUCUCUCGCUAGUUAGCUGUCAUCACUAUGGCCACUGGACCUCUGUUCUCUCGCUAGUUAGCUGUCAUCACUAUGGCCACUGGACCUCUGUUCUCUCGCUAGCUAGCUAGUCGUCAUCAUUAUGUCUCUAUAGACAUGUCUGUUCCGUCAUCGUAGAUGGACAAAAUCAUUUGUGUCGUCCAAUCCAUCCACUCACCUGAAAGUCACCGACUAUUGUCACUCCCACUUUACAUUGUAUGUUGGUUGGUUGGCAGUGUUGGACAAGCUACAAUGAAAAUAUAGCUUACCAAGCUACCAAUUACUUCACGCUGGAAGAAAUUAAGCUACACUAAAGUUACCCUUAAGAAAAACAUAGCUUAACAAAAGUUACUUAGGAAAAAGUAGUUUACUACAAAUUUUGUGAAAAAUAAUAUCUGAAUCUGAAAUGGCAAACUACAAAUUAAACAAAAAGUGAGAAUUAGGCAGGUCUGAUUCUGAAAAAGAAAGUAUAUUCAUGCCUACUUAACACAUUUAACUUGUUACAAAAAAAUUAAAAAAAACUGUAAUUCCAAUAGCUACACUGCUACAUGGCUAAAAACAAUCUUGGCAGUGAAAACACUGCCAAGAUUAGAAUUUAAUUCAACUACCGCCAAGCUACUGCAAAAUGUAAUUAAGUGACUAUAGUUGAACUAAAAUGUAGUUCACUACUCCCCAACACUGUUGGUCGGUGUGUGAUGUGCAUUUGCUGGUUCAGGUACUGUUGUAAAUCAGUCUAUUUAGCAGAUGUUGUAUUUCAAAAAGGUACGUACAUUUUAUAAUGGGAACUGAUGAUGGAUGCCACAACAUGCACUGUCAGUCACACCCCUCCCAAAGGUAUGUUUGUGAGUAGGAGGCAAAGCAAAAACAUUGACUGUCUCUGGAGUACAUUUUCUAAGACAGAAAGAAGGCUCUUAUUGUACAUAUGAUUACGUCAGAAAAAUAACUGGUAUACUUGAUCAACUCAUCCAGUCUAUAAGUUAAAAUAAUGAAACUACAGCGAGUUGGUUGUUUUUUUUUUCUUUUGUAUCGAGUGUCCCUACUGUUGGCCUUCUGUUAGAUAUUCAUCACUAAUUCCAAGUUAUGUUGCUAAUCAUGCCACAUCUGAUUUGCUAAAUUGGCACUUUUUUUUUUAUUAUUAUCAAUAUAUUAUUAACAUAGCUGCGUAUUUUAGUUCAAGGCUUGUGAUCUGGCUCACAUUCUAUGAUUUUUGUUGUCAUGGUGAUAUUUUAAUAUGCAAAUUGUAUUUUUUUUGAAUCACUGAAACGGUUCCAAUUUAGGGUUGGUUUCCUGUAGUAAGCCACACAAACUGGAAUGAUGUUCCUCAACAAAUGUAAAUGUAGGUCUAGCUAACAAAUACAAGAAAAAUAACACAACUGACACCUUUCCGACUAGUGUGAUAUGCUGCUUUCAGACUGAGCAAUAAUGUUGAAGUAAGUUAGCCUGGGUGCCAGUCUAUUUGUGCCAUCAUCCCAAAUCCCUGUCGCUCAUUGUCAUGGAAAACGAUGCAAUUGGCAAGAGAAUAAACAGAUUUGGGACACCCAGGCUAGAAGAAAGUGUGAGCUGAUAGCAAAAUGUCUCUUCCCCCUCUGUAUUGUGAUACCAAUUGGAAAGCCACUGUUGUCAGGUAGAUAUCUGUCACAAGGCAAACUCUUUUGAAUGAUGAGUAUUUAUUAUAACACUCACUUGGAAAUGAAUGAAAUGUAUGAUUUUUUUUUUUUUAAGUUGGUUUUACUUGAAACCAAUGCAUAUAUUUUCAAUGUUGUGUAUCGUCACAAAACGUGCACGUGAUCAAAAUCAAGUUUGUUGAUUAUUUGAAGAAUGUUAUUUGUGAAACCUUUUGGAAAUUAAAUUACAAAACUUGAUGUCAUGAAUUAAAAGCCCUUUGCAGCAUCAAUGUUGUAAAUGUGUGGUUAAAAGAAAAUUGCCAUCACACACAAACAUGAAAACAAUUCUGGUCAACUAUUAUUUCUAAAAACUGGUGAAUAGGCAAAUAAAAUCACAUGAUUUGAA